UGAAUCAAAUUGGCAUGGGAAAGGAUAUGUGGUUCGUAUCUUUUGAUCAUAUUACAAAGAUUCUAGAGAUAUCCAUGCUGCUUUUCUACCUUCGAAUCUUCCCUGACUGGAAACUUCGCCGCGCCAUCUAUGGCAUGAUUGGAGCCUGUCUUCUGUACAUUGUCGUCUUCGUCACUGUCACCGCUCUACAGUGCAUCCCCGUCAACCAGGCCUGGCUGAAAUGGGACGGCGAGCACAAAGGAAAAUGCCUGAAAUUGAACGCCGAUGGAUGGGCGUCUGCCUCGCUGAACAUCAUCCUCGAUUUGAUCGUUAUCGCCCUGCCCAUGAAGCAAUUGACAUCUCUCAACAUGAGUUGGGUACGCAAGCUGGGUGUCGUAGCCAUGUUCCUCGGUGGUGGCUUUGUCACCAUCUUUGCACACACAGACAACGUAACUUGGGAUUACCUACCCGUCGGCUACUGGUCCGCAGUCGAAACCCACGUCGGCGUCAUGGUCGCCUGUGCACCCGCUAUCCGCUCCCUCCAGUUCCAGAUCCGCCAGAAACUCUGGCCCAAGCCCGUCACCCAGUCCUCCUACUACGACGACACCAAGAACAGCAGCAAAAACAAGAGCAAAGCCGACUCUGCCAACCGCAGCUGGGGCGGCUCCAAAAUCGACAGCCGCUCGCGCUUGAGCACCAUCAGCCACCGCAAAGACGACUUUGUGCAGAUCGACGAGUACGAAAUGAAUGUGGGCGAUGGCUUCUCGCGCGGCAAGGAAGAUAUGAGUCCCGUGGUGGAGGGUGACGCAGCCUCGGAGGGCUCUAUCAACCGCGCUUAUACGCCGCAUGAUGAUAUUGCGCCAUUGGCUGCCACGGCGGCGCCUAUCGGGAGGGACCAUGGCAUCAUGGUUCAAACGGAUUGGAGUGUUGGAAGAGAAAGUCGGGAUCAUGGACACACUCGC